AUGAACCAUGACCAGCGUUCCAGCUACAAUGCCUAUAUUGAGGCGCAAGGAGUCGGGAAAGACCCUUCCUUGUGCAACAUCGCGUCGCCCUUUGCGAAAGAUCUCAUAGAUUGUCAGGUUUGUAUUGGAGUCAAUAGCAAGAACUCGACCAGUUUUGAGGAUCUUGGACCCGGAUUUCAACAAUAUCUGGACCUCUGCAACCAAGUACAGACGGUCACGUACGCCACUACCAUCACAUACCUCAAUGGUGACGUUGAACUGGUAACUCUGACGAAGACAACAACGGGCCCGAUAAAUUACGCCCCGACCACCUCGACUCCUUCUGCGUCUACUUCGUCACAGAGUGUCAUGCCUACAGAAUCAGCUUCGACAGAAUCGACCCCAGCCCCCAAUCGAGCAUGGGUAGCCGGUCUGGUCAUUGGCUGUGUCGCCGUCACUGCUCUUGUUACUGGUUUCUGGUUUUUCAGACGCAGAAGACGGAGAGCCAAUCAGGCAGCUAUUGAGAACACGAGCGAAGCACAUGACGAGUAUACCAAGGCCCAACUUCACUCCGACAGUCUGCCUCCCAAGCCUGCCAUAGAACUCGAGGGGUCAUACCCAGAUCCUGUACCGGAGAUGAGCGUGAACGAGAUUGCUGCACAAGAAAUUCUUCGUUCCAUACGCAUCGCAGCUACCCGUGCCGUCCUCAAAGGUCCAGCAAACAUCAAUCAUGACGGUACGCUCUCAUUGGGCGCUUAUCACCCAUCGCACACUCCCGCACCAUCCCAUUUGGCCUGCGGGAUCAUGCUUACGGGCUGGCCGCACCGGAGAUCACGGACUACCGUUGAGCGGCUCAUACCCGUUGCCAAGAAGGGCAAACUUCUUCGACUGAAGAUGUCGGCUUCGAUAAUCACAUCGACGACUGGGGCUACUUUCACGUACCCUACGCCAGAACCAUCCAUGGUGACCUAUUCGGCCAGGGCAUAUUUCAUGACGAGUCCAUCGGGACCAUGCAUGAAACGUUUAAAUGCCCUCUACAUAUACAUCCAGGCAAUCGGCAAACAGCCAUUGAUCUGCCACAAGGACGCGCACUUUCAGACAGAGUACGAAGAUUGUAUUAAUUGCUUACACGUCACCGUGGAGGAUUCAGCAACGUACAUAUCUAAACGCGUCGAGCCGAAAUUCAAAGAGUAUCUAGACUACUGCAACGGUAAACCUCCGGACUGGACGUACGCAUCUUCACGAUUGACUGUCGUCACCCGCGCGCACUGGGGACCCCUUACAGACUUUUAUGGCGAACUGGUGGCGGGAGGUCUCCAGACGAUCACGGCGACGGAGCUCAAACCGACGGACAGCAGUGAGACAGGCGGCGGAUGGCCGUCGUCGUCCUCGACAGAAACUGGGAAGACACCCGGGGCAGGAGACUCAGGACCGAUACCAGGUAACUCGGCAUGGAUAGCAGGGCCGGUCAUUGGCGUGAUCACGGCCAUUAUGCUUCUCCUCGGCGCGCUCUGGUUUCUCAGACGACGAAGACAUCGAGCGGUUGAUAAAGAGGAGUCCAUGGCGACCGGUAUUGCCAUUGGUACUCGUGGUGGUGGCUAUGGCCAAGGGAAAUAUGAAAAGCCGCAACUGCAUUCGGAUUGUAUCCCGCGUCGAAUGGAGCUCGAAGGAUCUUACCCGAAUUCACCCAUGAGCCCUAUGUCUGAGAUGACUGCAAACGAAGUCGCGGCUCAGGAGCUUUCAGUGCCGGGUAGUCAGCAUGUUGAAGGGGUCACGGAGAAGAGUAGCUCUGCCAGGCCGGAGAGCCCGAUUCUUGGAUGA